AGACAAUCGGCGGUUAUUUCGUAAAAAUGAGUUGGCUUCCAGAUGAGGAUGGGAUACGGCAAACGUUGGAUUUGCUACAUAAUUCUCAAUCAACUGACACAAACGUUCAAAGGGUUGUGCAUGAGAAAUUGAAUGAGUUGAACAAUGUUCCUGAUUUUAACAAAUACCUAGCUUAUAUCUUGACAAAUGCAGGUUCGGAAAGUGACAGCACGCGUUCUCUUAGUGGACUUAUUCUGAAAAACAAUCUGAAAAGUCACUUUAAGAGAUGCCCUCCUGAACUUAUUAGCUACAUCAAGGAUGGGUGUUUACGGUGCAUCAGUGAUAGUUCACCUAUGAUCAGAUCAAUUGUCGGAAUUCUUAUUACCACUAUUGUAACUAGUGACGGUAUACAAAAUUGGCCAGAGUUGCUUCCAAAGUUGGUGGAAUGUAUUGAUUCUCAUGAUAUUAAUUUUAUGGAGGGUGCUUUUGGCGCGAUCGAGAAAAUAUGCGAAGAUUCUUCAUCUCAACUGGAAACUGAUCGUAUUGGUUGUCCUAUAGGAGUGCUUAUUCCGAAAUUCUUACAAUACUCAAGACAUGACAGUCCAAAAAUCAGGUCUCAUGCUCUUGCAUGCAUCAACCACUUCAUACAUAGUCAAUCUCAGGUUCUCCUACACUUUGUUAACGAGUUCCUGGAGUGUUUGUUCGCUUUAGCCGAAGAUGAAGAUCCAAAUGUUCGACGACAUGUUUGCUCUGCAUUUGUACAGCUUCUGGAAGCUCACUUAGAUAAAUUACUUCCUAAUUUACCUGACAUCAUCGAGUUUAUGCUUCUUCGCACUCAAGAAAACGAUGAAAAUAUUUCAAGAGAGGCAUGUGAAUUUUGGCUCUCGCUUUCUGAACAACCUGUGUGCCACCAAGCUCUGUCGCCAUAUAUCGGGCGACUUAUUCCAGUCUUAGUCUGUGGAAUGAAGUAUUCAGAAAGUGAUAUGGUGUUACUUCGAAAUGAUUUAGAAGAAGAUGCUCAUCUGCCUGACAAGGAAUGCGAUAUUCGCCCACGGUUUCAUAAGACAAAAAAUAAACUUUUCUCUCCAGAGGAUGAUGACGAAGAUGAAGACGACGAUUACGUUUCCAACUGGACUCUCAGGAAAUGUUCUGCUGCAGCCCUUGAUGUGUUGGCUAGUGUGUUCCACACAGACUUUCUACCUAUUUUGUUGCCAAUCACAAAAGAACUUUUGUUUUCUCCUCAGUGGGAACUUAAGGAGUCUGGUAUUUUGGUUCUUGGUGCUAUUGCAGAAGGUUGUAUGAAGGGCAUGAUUCCAUACCUUCCAGAGUUAUGUCCGUUCCUGAUUGGUUGUCUAUCGGAUGAUAGGCCUCUCAUACGUAGUAUAACUUGUUGGACAUUAAGCCGUUAUUCUCAUUGGAUCGUUGGACAACCUCAUGAGCAAUACUUCAAGCCUUUAAUGGUUGAGCUCCUCAAAAGAAUUUUGGAUUGUAACAAACGUGUUCAGGAGGCAGCCUGUUCUGCUUUCGCUACUCUAGAAGAAGAAGCAUGUACAGAUCUCGUCCCAUAUCUGGACAUCAUCCUACGAACUCUUGUGUACGCGCUUAAACAAUAUCAACACAAAAAUUUGUUUAUUUUGUAUGACGCCAUAGGUACACUUGCAGAUUCUGUUGGUCAUCAUCUCAAUCGACCGGAUUUCAUAGAGAUGCUUAUGCCACCGCUUUUUGAAAAGUGGAACGUUUUACGAGAUGAUGAGAAAGACUUAUUCCCCCUUCUGGAGUGCCUUUCUAGCAUGGCUACUGCUCUAGGAACAGGUUUCCUACCCUACUGCGCUCCUGUGUUUAGUCGAUGUGUUAAUUUAAUUGAUAGAACAAUACAACUCAGUAAGCUACAUGCUCAACAACCAGAUGUAUAUGAACCACCAGACAAAGACUUUAUGGUGAUUUCUCUGGAUCUCCUAAGUGGGCUUAUGGAAGGUCUUGGGUCUCAGAUGGAACAUUUAGUAUCAAGUAGCCCCUUGGUAAAGUUACUAUGUGAAGCAGCUCAAGACGCUCAACCAGACGUCCGCCAGAGUAGUUUUGCUCUCUUGGGUGAUUUAACAAAAGCAUGCUUUGCGCACAUCCAACCUCAGAUUGGUCAGUUUAUGACAAUUUUGGCUAAUAAUCUCAGUUCUGAGCAUAUAUCUGUUAGUAACAAUGCUAUUUGGGCAAUCGGAGAAAUUUGUAUUCAAUUGGGUGAAGGGAUGACACCGUUUGCUUCUUUAUUCAUUCAUCCCUUGAUAGAAAUUAUCAAUCGUCAAAGCACACCUAAGACACUCCACGAAAAUACUGCGAUAACAAUUGGACGUCUUGGUUUUGUUUGUCCUGGUGAAUUGGCUCCUCAUCUAAGCACUUUCAUUCGUCAGUGGUGUCUGUUUUUGCGCAAUAUAAGGGACAAUGAAGAAAAAGACAGUGCAUUUCGUGGUAUUUGUAAUUUGAUUACGCUCAAUCCUGCCGGUGUCUUGCAUGAUUUCCUUUUCUUUUGUGACGCUGUAGCUUCUUGGAAUAAUCCUAAAGACGAUUUAAAAGAGAGAUUUAAUGCUAUUUUACAUGGAUUCAAAGUCCAGGUUGGAGAAGAUGAUUGGAGUAAAUUCUGGAGUCAGUGUCCUCCAAUGCUUCGUGAACGGUUAUCUCUUCAGUACAAUCUUUGAGAUUUUUUGAUUUUUGAGUAAUGCAUGUUUUGGUCCUAAUUUUUGUUCGCGCCUACCCACUUUUACGUCGAUUCAAUGUUUUUACAAUUGGCCUUCGCGUUUUUUCCUCGAGUAUGGUUAACUGUCUUACAUCUGGCAUCCAGUGUUUUGAUCAACCAAGUUAACUGAUUCAUGUAAUGCGAUGAAAUUAAAAGAACAAAUGUCGCUUUAAUAAUUCUCCAGUCUGUAUGUUUCACCGUUGGUUCAAUCACUGCCGUAUAUAACGCCAUCCGUUGGAAAUAUCGCUGUCAGUUCUCUGUUUUCCUUAUUUUUCACUUGCACAUGUUUUUCUGAGUUUCUUUUUUAGAUAUUUGACAUGUUUUUUUGGUAUGUCAAAGAGUGUUUGAACACAAUAUGUUUUAUCUUUUAUUUUAAGGUAUUUCCAUAGUUUUCUCUACUGAACUAACCUUUUAACUUCAAAUAGUUCCAAGUCUACUUAUCUUCUGUUUUUUUUUGUUUUAUGAUUCUUAUUUUUUUUUACUUCUGAGAGUACUAGUUUGGGUGUUCAUAUAGGGCUAAGACUCGGGGAUAAUUAGGUUUAGUUGGGAUAGGGGAUUAAGGGUUAUAGUAGUCAAGUAGAUUAACAAUUAAGACUUUCCUUUGGGUAUUAAUAAAAAAUUUAAGGGAAUCAGGGAUUAGGGCACAUUCAUUCUCCCAACCAGCAUCUGGUUCGGAGUUAUCAUCUCUACUAAAUAUAAAUAGUAGAAUUAAGGGAAAAACAUUUACACAUCCUAUACUGUUGUAUUUCUUUCAAUUUUGUAUUCAACUAAGUGUUGUGUUGUACUUUAAUCUUCUGUACAUGUCGAUACCAUUUACUUUGUGAUCUUCAUUAUCGUAUACCACUUAAAAUAGUAUUGUACAUUUUAAAUUUUUCCACGUUCUUUUUAUGAUAUCGGUUCAUCUAAGAUUGUGUCAAAAACUAAGUGUUUCAUCAAUCAAAUAUCAUGAGUCACGUAUCUUUUAAAUUUUCAAACGGUUUUAAAUUUUGUGUUGUUUAUACGGUAAAAGUGUUUAUUCAAUCUAGAUAGGGAUGAAAUAAACAGAUGAAUUUUUUUAAUAGUUAUUUUUUAUCUAUUCAUGUUACUAUCUGGGAUUUUUAUGGACGCUUCAUACAGGGUGAAAAAUUUACGUAUGCUAUUUCAAAACUAAUAAAUCCAGAGUUUUUUUGUAAGAAACGUUGAAUAAAAAUAGAUUCUUGAUUAAGACUC